CAGGCUUUUGCAUUUAUUCGAUAUUUCCACGAUCCCUCCGUUUCGGUGCCUUCUGUUUGUUGGUCCUCGCAUCCUGAUAUUUUUGCCUUUUCCCGCCCGCCGACCAGCUGAUCGCCUUUGCGCUUUCUCUGCUUCUUUUUCUUUCUUUCACGCCUUGCCUUCCCUCCCCGACAUCUGCCGAGGACCCUUUCCUUCCAUCCAGUCCCGUCACUAACAAGAACCUGGCAACUCUUCUAGAAGGCGUUACCUUAUUCUUGUUUCCCCAUUCUUCGCCACGGUUCCGGCGGCUACCUCUUGGGCAACUUAGACGUCAUCCACAACGAACAACCUACUCAGACGCAGCCUACCACUUACCCCCCCCAACAAGUAGCCAAGCUACAUACAUAGUGUACUUGCUCUUGCGUUGGCUCCGUCUCAUUGCCGGCCGGCCGCAACGCAGCACGUUGAUAAUCAGGGGCCUUGCCUUGAUACACCCACACAACCACCCAGCACACACCACUCUUCAACCUGCAUCCUUCCAUAGAUCGUUCAUCAUGCCUUUGCAGUCAUAGCCAACCGGUCCUUAGGGGCCCAACCUAAUCCGUUGCUUACGCGGAGCUUUAGGAAGACUUGACCGCAAGUCCUCAACUAUCUAUCUACUGACGACCAUCUUCCCGACCUCACUUACACCCCGCGAAGUCGACAAGACCCAUCCAUUGACGAUUGGCCAUUCCCCUUCGCAACGCUCUCCAGCACGAUAACCACCACACCUUACCGUCAACACUUGCAAACACCUUUGAACCUACUCAACCCGCCUAUCAAAUACUUUGUACCAGUACCAGCACCAGUACUAGUACCCGCCUACCAAAAUGGAGAACCGACGCAUGUCGCGCGAACUCGCGGCAUCACAUGUCCUUGCGUGGACAACGUCCCAGUCCGUCAUGGUGGAGCCGUCAUUAGAGGAAGACUUGGAGACCGAUGCGGAUGAACCCCCGGAUUCGACAUUGCUACCCAUGCCACCACACUUUGAGCGCGCUCCCGUUCGCAGGGGCAGCCCACAUCAAGAGUCCAUGUUGACCAAGGCUCUUCAUAACCCCUUCGACUCUGACCAUGCCGAGUCUGAUUAUCAACCACGUCGACUGGGAAGGAGACGCUCUAUCACCAGCACUUUCAGCCUGGCUUCGACUGCCGACUACACCUGCGAUACCGGAAUCACUACCCCUCCUCGUACUACUUCACCGAGCCCACGUCGCACUGGCAUCACCUUCCGACUCUCGUCCAAAGCCACCGACACGAAGCCCAGCACUGUCUUGGAUGAAGGACUCCAGGUAGCCCCGUUGGCUGCUGCCACGCCGGCGCCAGAGAAGAAGCGAUGCAUCUCUUUCGCUUGCGCGGCCAAGCCCCUAGUUAACGAUCAAACAUUGACGCACGCCCCGCCCACGCCAGCCAAGGAGGAAGUAAAGACUCAGGAAGCGCUCAAGAAACCGACCAUCAAGUUUGUUUGUGCUCCCCAUCCACAGAGAGAUCAGCCUUCGCCAACUCAGCCUAUCCGUCCCGCUACACCGCUCCCAACCUCGGUUACCUCGCCACUCAAGGAAUUGUUUGAAUUGAGCCCCAAAAACCUGUCUCGCAGAAGCUCUGUGGCUACUAUUUCAAAGAAGUAUCUUACUGCCCAGCUCGGAGAUUUGCAGAGCGAGCGUGUCCGGUUCCACGAGUUCGCGAGCGAUGAGCCUCAGGAAGAAGACUGGAUACGCGAGGAUUUGACUUUCAAGCCUAAGCUUACCAUCGACGACACGCUCAAGAAGGAGCUCGCUAUUCGCAAGAUCGGAAAGGAAGCCGAAGAAGAGGCCGAGCUUGAGGAAGCAAUGCAAUCGGGCGAAGCGCGAGAGGAUGAUGAGGAGGAGGCGGGCGGCGAUGAGGACGAGGAAGAUGAUAACGAGGACGAAGACGAGGACAGCAUGGACGACGAUGAGGACGACAACGAAGACGAGGACGAAGACGAAGAUCUCAGCGAUAGUCACUCCGUCUCUGUCUGGGGUGAUGAUGCGUCUGACGGUUACAAGACCGACUCCGAGAUUGGGUUCGGCGAGUCCGACGAUGAGGAUGACGAUGACCUGGUUCUUUGGACUACUGGUGGUCUUGCCGAUCUUUCAUUGUCUGGUGCUACCCCCGUUUUCCGUCGGGGUUCCGUUGACGAGUCCUCUGACUCGUCUGCUGGCUCAGAUGGCAACAACGUCGCUCGCCGUGCUCUCAAGAGGCGCGACACGAUUAGGACUCGUGACUUCCGCCCUGCUACCCCUGAUUUGCCUGACAGCACAGAUUUCGUUUGCGGUACCUUGGAUGAGGACCGUCCCUUGGAGGCGGCUUACUUGGAGCGCAUGGCUGCCCGCAAGCAGAACAAGCUCGUCUUCAUUCCUCAAGACAUUGAUCCCAGCUUUCCCACCUCGGAGCCUGAGGAUGAGGGGGAGGAGUUGUAUAACAAAAGCGCUCACGGACAUGAAGAUAGCGAGGACGACAUGUGGCAGUUGGAAGAUUUACACUCGGAGCGUGGCCGCAUUGGUCGUGCAAAGAAGGCUCAGAACUCGCCUAGGCGCUGUCGCUCGCCUCCGCCCAAAAGGCGUCUUUCUCCCUGCCCCAAGAAGUCUCGCGGCCGUAAUGAUCGCAACCUGUUCGACCGCUCUUCUCCCCGCAGGAUGAGAUCACCUCCGCCUCCUGUUCUUUCCGCAAAGUCUCCCCUUGCUUCUCCUGUUACGGGAGCCGAUGGCGUUGCGUUCAAGUCACUCGCAUUCAGACCGGGCCUGACAUUCACCAAGUCACUGCCCAAGGGUCCUGUCAUGUUCCCUCACAUCAACAAGCAGCAGCCUCGCAGAUCCCGUGCUGGCACCACCACCCAAGACACUCACGUUCGGGGUGCCAUUGACAUUGUCAAGGGUUUGGAGGAGAAGCGCCAGAGGCGCAAAGAAAAGUAUUAUCAAAAGUAUUGCACCCGGGCCCGCAAGGAGAAGGCUCAGCCCAAGAGACCUCCUCCAGGACAAGGUGCCGAGCGCAUGCGCGAAGUUGGUCUAAUAAUGGCUGGCAAGAUCGGCCAGGGCAACUAUGUUCUUUCUUAUUAAACUCACGGCGAGGGCCGUUUAUCAGCAUUCACAUGGCGAAUUAUACCCUGGGUUACAACGGCAACUGGAGAGGCAUUUUUUUGAUGUUUACCACGUUUGGCGGCAGCGGCUUUCUCUCGUCCGGCAUUCGGUAUUUACAUUUUCAUCCCCCGGCUCAUUGAUUACACCUUUUGUACCACCCGUUUCAUUAUAAUUGCAUACUCGAAGUUGCAAGCAAGCAUCGGGUCGGCUUCCUUUGGGCUGUGCCUGGGCGGACAUGUUCUGUAUGUUCUUGUUCUUUUCUUGUUAACGUUUUUGUACAUAUUCUUUUUUUUUCUGCCUGCGCUUGCUCUACUUUUUCCACUUUCUACGUGGCACGCUGCUUUUUACAGAGCGCUCGUGUACACAAUCGGACUCUCUGUAGAGGCGGAGAUACGGAUUUGAUGGCCGGGGGUAGAUAUACCCUGCAGAACCUGUCUUGGAGUUUGAGACCUCUGGAGACGACGGGAGGAUGGGAAGGGGACGAGACGGAUGGCAACGGAUUGGCAAUAAUCCGUAUCAGCGAUUGUGAGCUGACAUCUUGGUUUGGACAUACACAACCAAGUGCUGGGGUUGGGAAGGAAACUCGUCUAUACAUAACUAUAGAUCCUCCUCCUACAUACCUCAAACAAAGAAGUAAAAUUUUCAAAACAAGCCAAUGUGUUCCUUUG